AUUUAAAUUCGUGGAAAUUUUUUAUAAUGUUGAAAAAAAUAUUUUCAAUUAUUGUUAUUUCAUAUUAUGUGCUUGUUCUCACUACACAUGACUGACCUUUCCAGACCCCUUCACCAUCUUGGGAUUACAGAUUCCGAACGGUCUUACUGCGAUGGCAAGUCGUUUGCUAGCAUCUGCCCUUAGGGAAACGCACCUAAUACAGAAAGCUGGAGUAGCGUCCUAUAGAGCAAAAAUUGGGAACCGAGAAAUUGUAGGAUAUGGGUUUAAUGGCCAGCCAAGUUAUAUGGACCGAACCGACUUCCCAAUGCCAGCCAUACGAUUCAAGGAGACAACACCAGAUAUUGAGGCUCUGCGACAGAAGGAAAAGGGUGACUGGAGGAAAUUAAGUAUUGAAGAGAAAAAAGCUCUCUACAGGGCAAGCUUUUGUCAAACAUUUGCAGAAAUGCAAGCACCUACAGGAGAGUGGAAAUCUAUUAUUGGAUUUACUCUCAUUGGGGUCUCCCUUUCAUUGUGGAUUUACAUGGCAAUGAAACUAUGGGUGUACAAGCCUCUGCCAUCAACAUUUACUGAGGAGCGCCGGGAAGCCCAGCUCAGGAGAAUGAUUAACUUGCAAGUGAAUCCUGUUGAAGGUCUGGCUUCCAAGUGGGAUUAUGAAAAGAAUGACUGGAAGAAAUGAACAUUUUGAUUGUUAUUAGCUUCUGUCAUGUAGUGUAAAGAUAUGGACGGAUUCCCUUGAAAUUCAAUGUAUAGUAAGCCAGAGUGGAGAAUUAUAACAAAUGUUCCACACGGGUGAUGUUUUAUUUGUGUACACAAAUAUUACUUUAAAGAUGCAAAUUAAUACAGUAUGUCUGCUGGACAAAUGUUGAAUAUUUUGUGUCUGCUGAGAUUGAUUGUUGCAUGAUUUGAAUUAGUAUAAAAAAUCAGCUGUUCCUAUAAAAAAUUAGGCAAUAAAAUUGUUUUAAUCACUGGAUUUAAUUUUUGCAGAAAGCUUAAGAAUUUUGACUAUAUGAUAUGGAAAUUAUGCAGUAAGAAUUAUCUGUGCAGAUUUACUUUGUCAGUUGUAACUUAAAAGCGUCAUCAGUUAUUGCUCUACUAAUAUCUAAUUUCAUGUGAAGUUUAUUAAUCUUCAUAUUGGUGCAUGGCUGGUUAUGUCUGAGUAAUAUUCUGAGACAGUUGUUAUUUCUAGGGUGUGGGGUGUGAAUUGUGCUCUUUUGUUGUUCACAUUAUUCUAGUCACUAAUGUAUGUUGUAUUACAAACUUCAGGAAAAAUAUUAUGUGACUUCUGGAA